AUGAAUCUGAUCACAACCAUUAUCGGGUUUGGAAUGAGUGCAACAUUCAUUGUUUUCGUUUGCACUCGGCUCAUUUACGGGAGGCUCCGGAGGAUGGAGACUCAACUGAUGUUAGAGAAUGACUUGAGGAUUGAUCUUGAGCUGCCAGAGCACAGGAUUACUGGUCUUGAACCAGUAGCAGUUAAUGCAAUCCCCACGCUCAAGUUUAAUCGCGAAGCAUUUAGUUCGUUUGAAGAUCCACAGUGUACCAUAUGUUUGUCAGAGUACCAAGACAAAGAAGUAUUGCGGAUCAUGCCCAAAUGUGGCCACAGCUUUCAUAUAUCAUGCAUUGAUUUGUGGCUCAGGAAACACGCCACAUGCCCGGUUUGCCGCCUUUCACUGCAGGACUCAGACGAGAUGAAACAUGUGCAGACGGCUGCACAAUCUGUAGAUAGUCCUGAGGCCUCAGUCGAGCAUUCUAGGCAGUGGCUGCUACCUGCUGUUGUUCAUGCGGAGGGUGGCGUGAGCAGCCAGACACCUCCCGACUCGAUUUCUGUCGAUUUGGACCCGGUUGUUUCAAGAGAAGCAAUUUUGACGUCAUGA